AUGGACCGAUUUGAAUUUGAAAGCUUUGAAGCUGUUUUCGAUGAGACUCCACCCAGGUUGAAGGGCGAGGGAAAGGGCAAAAGGAGAGGAACUCGAGGGAGCAAAGACCAGAAGGCCCCUGCGGAGAACGGCCGGAGUUGGCAGGCAGAGUCAGAGUCGUCCUGGAAAGAGGACCCCUGGAUUGACACUGACCCUUGGAAGCAGGAGGACCCCUUACAGAAGGAGGACCCCUGGAAGAAGGAGCAGGCUGAAGACUGGAAGCAGAACGGUUCCUACACUGAGGUCAACGACAAAGACAAGGAUCAUUCCCAUUGGCAGGCCGAUCCCUGGAUCGUCAAUGACCCUUGGGACCAGGGCAAAGAGAAGAAGGAUUCUCGGCAAGAGGAGCUCUGGGAACAUGGACUCGUCGGAGCGCACAGCUUGGAACCUGCUUGGGGUGGAACGUGCGGAACGUCCGAACAGGCUCAGACGGUCACCACAGAUCAAACGACAAAGAAGUCCGUCGACGAAGUUGUCAGCGAAGGUGAGGAAAUCCGUGAAGAACAUGAGCAGAGCAGCAAGCACGCGACUGCCAAACCGUUGAGGAAUUUGCACGAGUUUUGGAGCAGAUUUCACGAAGCUGACUGCGACUGCUCGGUUUUCUGUCCGAAAAGUGCGUUGGACUAG